AUGGCAGUCAAGCCUCGCACCGACCGUCCCGUGGCCGUCAUCGGCGCAGGAGCCCUAGGCCGACGCAUCGGCUCUGUUUUCAUCGCAGCUGGAUACAAUGUGCAUAUCCAGGAUCCCUCACUAAAGGCGCUUGAAGAUUCUGCAGCCUAUAUCGAGGCUCACAAAGAGGAAUUCUCACUGAUGCCUCGUAUCAGCAAAGAGAAAGAAGAGAUAUGUGGCGUGGGCGAGGGCGUUGAGAAAAAGAAAGAAACUGAGACGGCGAUUACUAAGAUUGAUCUGGAAUCUUAUACCCAAGCGCCUUUCGGUACUUGCAAGGCGUUUACUGAUGUUGAGCCCGCGGUGCAUAAUGCUUGGUUGGUUAUUGAGGUUGUGCCUGAGAAGCUGGAUCUUAAGAUUGAGACGUUUGCGGAACUCGAUGCGAAGGCUCCGGCUGAUUGUAUUCUUGCUUCGAAUAGUUCGUCGUUUAAGUCGAGCUUGAUGGUUGAGAAGAUUUCGGCUGCUCGCAAGAAGCAAGUGCUGAAUAUUCAUUUUACAAUGCCACCUGCUAUUCGGACUGUGGAGCUUAUGACGGAUGGGGAGACGGAUCCUCAGAUAUUUCCUUAUUUGGAAGACGUUCUGGGUGAAUGUGGAAUGUUGCCUGUCACAGCUCGUUGUGAGUCGACUGGGUUCAUCUUCAACAGACUGUGGGCAGCUGUAAAGCGCGAGAUCCUGCAAAUCCUUUCUGAGGGUGUCAGUGAUCCAAGUGAGAUUGACCUGCUUUGGGAGCAUAUGUUCAAGAAUGGGCCCUUGCCCUGUCAGCUCAUGGACCAGCUGGGCCUGGACACGGUUGCUUUCAUUGAAAACACCUAUAUCAAAGAGCGCGGACUCGAAAGCAAAGGAACAGUCGACUGGCUGCAGAAAGAGUACAUCAGCCAGGGUCGCAUCGGCAGAAAAAGCGAGAAGGGAGGUCUUUAUCCACCUCUCACCAGGUCUUCAUCAGCCAAGGAAACACCAUCUCACCCACAAUCGGCCGCCAAAGACAUCUACCUACUCGACGUUGGCCUGGGUUCCAAUGCCCGGGAUGUCUCCCAGGUCCACCACAAUGGCAAGAUCCUGCGAUUGAACCUGGCAACACAGCGCCUGACACCCGUUAUGGUCGGUCAGAAUCUUCCAGAUGGAAUUGACGUGUCGCUCGGUAAGCAGCGGAUUUUCUGGACAAACAUGGGACGCAGCACCGCUGCCUGUGACGGCUCUGUCUGGUCGGCGAACUUGGAUGGCAGUGAUGUGAGAUGUCUUGUCCCACAGGGUAAAGUGCACACUCCGAAACAAAUCGCCGCGCUUGAAAGCUGUCAGGAGAUUUACUUUUGCGACCGUGAGGGCACCAGUGUGCAUCGCUGCAAAUUCGACGGCAGCAAUCACGAAACUCUUCUCAAGCGACCCACAGACAAGAAUGCCUCUCUUCUCGAUCAGAUGCGGUCGUGGUGUGUCGGAAUCGCUAUCGACGAUGAGCGCGGCUUAAUGUAUUGGUCUCAGAAGGGACCCAGCAAGGGCGGCCGAGGCCGAAUCUUCCGCGCUGGCCUUGACAUUCCCGCUGGCGAGACUGCCGAGAAUCGGUCGGAUAUUGAGAUGAUGUGGGAUGACCUUCCGGAGCCGAUCGACAUUGAAAUCGACAGUGAAUCGCAAACUCUCUACUGGACUGAUCGGGGCGAACAUCCCUCGGGGUGUGCGCUGUAUCGCGCCUACGUGGGAGGGGAGAGGAUUGAUUUUCAGAAAGUGAUUUUGGCGCGGCAUUUCCAUGAGCCGGUUGGAUUGAAACUUGAUAAGGUGAACAACAUCGUGUAUGUGGUUGACUUUGGGGGUAGUUUGUACUCGGUCUCUCUGGCUGAUGGCCUAAAGGUGGAGCUGGUGCGCAACAACGGUUGCUACACGGGUAUUACUUUGGUUUAA